AUGGCGGCGGCUCCCUGGAGGUCCUCCUACCACAUGCCCAACGGGCCCAUCGCCAUGUCCAUGGACGCGCAUGAUCCCUGGGCCAACCUUGUGAGGGGCAACCGCCGGCUCUCGUGCGAUGUCAGGGUCUCUGCCCUCGGCCAUGCUCGCAACCUCAGGCUUAUUGAGGCAAAGAAGAAGACGAGUCGAGUUCCAAAGGAGUCGCGCGCACAGAACUUUGAGUUCAACAGGGGGCCUGUGCUGGACAUGUUGCCCUCAGGGAGCUCUGCCAAUGCUCCUCCUUUCCUCCUGGGGGGAAGGUUGGGCGGGUCAGGAACCCCCGGGGCCUCUACAAAGGGCAUAAAAUCGACAGCAGGGUGGAGCAGCGCAUGCGCACCGGACGAAGUGGCACCCAAGGUGAUCGAGAGGCUGAGGGUUAAGUCGAGCAUGCCGUCCUCAGCUGUUGGCGGUGCGUUCGAGAGAGUAUGA